CACACACACGGGACUGUGCAACGUCAGUCUCACACGUGGAAUGUCCACUUCCUACUCGCUGUAAAGCAAUAACCGUUAACAUCUGCCUGAGGAAGCAGCACAAAACACAAAUAUUGCAGCAUUUUUCUGCUCACACUUGAGGAGGACUAAGAGGCGGGUCUCAGUUUACUGGGAGAAAACUGCUGCAAGGAGCUCCAAACUGCACCACAAAAUGAUACUGCUCACAAAGGAAUGAUAAGAUGCCCAUCUAACCUGCAACAAAAGGAGACUUUUGAGAAUGCUCAGCUUCCGGCUUGCCUAUAUUUUCUCGUAUAACCUGUUCCAGUUCUGUGGACAUACAUGGAUACUGGCCAAUACCAUAGCCAGGUAUUUCACAUUUGGUAAAGAUGCCUUAGCAGACACGUUCUACUCGGUGGGCUUUGUGAUGAGUCUGUGUCAGCUGCUCUCCAUCCUGGAGCUCUUCCACAUCGCAGACGGGAUUGAGAAAGCCAGACUCCUCCCUCGCUUUGUGCAAGUUAUGGAGAAGAACAUUCUGCUGAUCAUGUUGAUCUUGCUGGAGGAGAUCCAGAGUAAACCCGUUGUGUGUGCACAGUUGUUCUUGUGGAACAUUCUGGACCUCCUACGGUACCCACAUGAGCUGCUGUGUGUUAUGGAUACACCCUCCAUCGCCAUGCUGUGGAUACGCUACACACUCUGGAUCCCCUUAUACAUCCUGACAGUGGCCAUUGAAGGUGACAUUAAUCAACUAUCACGUUGUUGAACUGGCAGUUAUAUU